AUGGCUGGGCCGCCCGAACUGGCGCCCGAUAUUUCAACAGAUUCCCUCGUUUCGAUUAAGAGCCUUGUCAAUGCCCCUGUUGACGAGGCUCAUAAUCUCACAUCAGAUGCUCGUCGAGCUCCUGCUCCUGGGACCGUACACUCUGAUCUCGAUAUAUCUCUCCUGAAUGCAGUCCAUCAAAAUAAUCAGGAUGAUAUUAAGGAGUUCUUGAGACAGGGAGCGGAUAUCAACGUCACGGGGGAAGACAGCCUGACACCGCUCCACAUUGCGUCCCGUGAGGGCUUUGUUGAAGUAGUCAAGCUACUCCUUCACCACAAGGAUUUGCAGAACCCCGCCAAAUUCGAGGCCGCAACCUCCUAUUUUGGAGAGACGGCCCUUCAUUUGGCAUCUGAAAAUGGUCAUGUGGACGUAGUCAAGGUGCUACUUGACCGCAAGACUUCGGACAACCUCGCCACUAUUGAGGCUAGAACCAAUUUUGGAGAGACUGCUCUUCAUUUGGCAUCUGAGAGUGGUCAUGAGGACGUAGUCAAGGUGCUACUUGACCGCAUGACUUUGGAUAACCCUGCCGAUAUUGAGGCCAGAAAUAUAGGAGGCGAAACAGCCCUUCAUUUGGCAUCUAAGAAGGGUAAUUUGGACGUAGUCAAGAUCCUACUUGACCGCAAUGCUUUGCAAAAACCCGCCAAUAUCGAGGCCCAAAACGAAUCAGAGGAAACACCUCUUCAUUUGGCAUCUGAGAGUGGUCAUGAGGACGUAGUUAAGGUGCUACUUGACCGCAUGACUUUGGAUAACCCUGCCGAUAUUGAGGCCAAAAAUGAAGGAGGCGAAACGGCCCUUCAUUUGGCAUCUAAGAAGGGUAAUGUGAACGUAGUCAAGGUGCUACUUGACCGCAAGGCUUUGCAGAAACCCGCCAAUAUUGAGGCCACAACCUCCUAUUUUGGAGAGACGCCUCUUCAUUUGGCAUCUGAGAAUGGACUUGCGGACGUAGUCAAGGUGCUACUUGACCGCAAUUCUUUGCAGAAACCCGCCAAUAUCGAGGCCAAAAAUGAAUCAGAGGAAACACCUCUUCAUUUGGCUUCUGAAAGGGGUAGUGUGGACGUAGUCAAAGUGCUACUUGACCGGAAGACUUUGGAUAAGCCUGCCAAUAUUGAGGCCAAAAACGAAUCAGAGGAAACACCUCUUCAUCUGGCAUCUAAGAAGGGUAAUUUGGACGUAGUCAAGAUGCUACUUGACCGCAAGACUUUGGACAACCCUGCCAAUAUUGAGGCCAAAAACAAUUUAGGUGAAACGGCUCUUCAUUUGGCAUCUGAGAGUGGUCAUGCGGACGUAGUCAAAGUGCUACUUGACCGGAAGACUUUGGAUAAGCCUGCCGAUAUUGGGUCCAAAAACGAAUCUGGCGAAACGGCCCUUCAUAUGGCAUCUAGGAAUGGAAGAGUCGAAGUCGUCUCGGUUUUACUCGACGCCGGCGCUCGGAUCAAUGAAAAAGACCAAUUCGCUUGGACCCCCAUGCAUGAGGCAGCGAACAAGGGAAAGCUUGAAGUGGUCCGUCUCCUACGCGAAAAAGGGGCAGAUCUUGAUGUGAGAACGACUACCGAGGAAAAGACACCUCUCCUGAUGGCGAUUUCUGAACAACAUGUGAGGGUGGUCGAUGCUCUGCUGGAAUCAAAUGUUGCAGUUAAUACGCCUUCCAACCACUAUACGCCCUUGACAAUGGCGUGCCAAUAUGGUCCAGAUGAGCUAGUUGAAAUCCUGCUAGACCAUGGUGCAGAUGUGACUCUCACAGAUCCGGCAGAAUGGCAGCCUCUUCAUGUUGCUUGUCGAUACUCUACUGCGGCUAGAGUGAAGAUGAUUUUAGAGAGAAACCCGCCUAUCGAUGUCAAAACUGACGAUGGAUGGGCUCCACUACAUCUUGCGGCUCGAUAUGGCAACGCAGAAAUGGUGGGGAUGAUUUUGAAGAAAGGACCGGAGAUAAAUACCAUUGAUCCCGGCGGCUGGACUCCACUUCAUCUUGCAGCUGAAAAUGAAAAUGACGAUCCAGAGAUAGUGAGAAUGCUUUUGGAGAAAGAACCGGAUAUUAAUAUCGUUGAUGACGACGACCAGACUCCACUUCAUGCCGCAGCUCGAUAUGGCAACGCAGAGGUAAUGAGGACGAUUUUAGAGAAAGCACCGGAUAUAAAUGCUGUUGAUAACAACGGCCGGACCUCACUUCAUUUCGCAGCUCGAUAUGGCGGACAAGAGAUAGUGAGAAUGAUUUUGGAGAAAGAUCCGAAUAUAAAUACCACUGAUAACCGUGGCCAGACUCCACUUCAUGUCGCAGUACGAUAUGGCAACGCAGCGACAGUGACGAUGAUUUUGGAGAAGAGACCGGAGAUAAAUGCCGUUGAUAACGACGGCUGGACAGCUCUGCACAAAGUCCCCCCAUGUGAUGCAGUUGAUGACCGAGCAUCUAUUGCGGAACUUUUAAUCCGGAAGGGGGCAAAUUUUCUUGUGACCAAGGGUGAAAACCUUACGCCGUUGCAUGUAGCCUGUGAGAAUGGAUGCAUUGAUGUUGUUGAAGUAUUUCUGAAGCACGCUAACUCGUAUGAUAUCAAUGCGCGUGAGGAGAAAGGAUGGACAGCCCUCCAUAUUGCCGCCAACAACGGGUUCGGAAAAGUCGUGGAACUGCUUCUUAGAAAUGGGGUAUCAUUUGACCUCGAAACGGAGGUUAAAAAGAAGACGCCAUUGGCUCUAUCCAUUGAGCACUUAAAUGCAUUUUCGGCCGAGUGUUUUAAAGAUCAGCAGACACAACAGACAUCUGAGCCUACAUCUGAGCAAAGUACCGAUCGAGCAACCGAAGAGUCCAUAGGGGAAGAGGAAAGUCAGACCGAGCAGCAGGCCGAAAAGGAAUCUCUCAAGGACUGCGAGCUUGCAAUUCGACUUCUGGCCCAAAGAAAAGUCGACAUCAUUCCAGCAAUGGCAUCUAUUCGAGAUUUAAAUUCUGAGAAUGGACUGGAACUUGCCAUUGAGAUCUUGACGAGUGUUGAUAAUUUCGGGAAAGAAGCAGACUGGGAACAUCAGACAAGGCUUAUUUGGCGUGCCAUGCGACCCAAGGAGCAUGAAAGUCUGCGUUCGCAGCUCGAGACCAACACUCCUGAUACCAACACGAAACCAGAGACUGUUUUGCAAUGGGCGGCCUAUCAUGGCAACUUUUCUGUUGUGUGGUGGAUUUUUCAAAAGACUGAUCCACCCCAAGAAGACCGGGCCAAGGCUAUUAAAAUUGUUAAGGAAAGGCUCAACAGCAUUGACAAGAGGAAGCCCAAAGAGUUGUCGAAUGUCAACAGAGAUGGAGUGAAAGAGCAACAGGCAAUCGGACAAUCCAACAAAAAGGGACAAGAAACCACUAAGGUAGCAGAGAAGUCGAAAGACAAAUCCCACGUUUCUGGUCAGGCCAAGAGUAAAGAGGCGCCGGACCAGCAUGGCCUCUCGACAGACGAAAAGGAUCGCUAUUCACACACUUUGGAUAUUCUGCAUGAUCCACCAUUGGGCAUUGGGGCAACGAAAGAAAAAGGCGAGUGUGAAAUACCAGAAUUGAAGGACAUUGCCAGAGAGAAGGUUACCCAGAAGCGCAAGGCAACGAUUGUGAACUUUUAUAGACAUGAUGGGCGCGUGGAUCUUCUCCGACGAUCAUCUGAUCUACGUGACGUUAUCUACAACAAGGAGAAGGAUGGCCCAGUAAGCUUUAUGGAGAGGACGGCAGAUGUUCUCAAGUCAAUUGGAUUGGAGGGGAGGGUAUAUGAGAAGGAAAAUCUCACAAUGCGAUGGGUGCACCUCCCGGCGAACAAUGUGAGUGAUUUCCAUAUCGAUCGAUUACUUGCGAUCAACAUGACUGACCGUGUGAUAAAAAUCUUCUAG